AUGUCUACAUGUGAGUUUGAAUCCGUGGAGAAAUGUCUGGAGUCUCACCUGCCAGAGGCCGAGCUGACCGAGGUCAGACGGAUCCUGUUCGGGAAGGAAACUAAGAAGCUGGACCUCCCGGCCUGUGCUGUGGAAGCUGCCUCAGAGCGUGACUUUGAGCUGAAAGGAUACAGAUUUGAUGCUGUACAGGAGCAGCUGAGGCCACCCAGAAGAAUCCGGGUGGGACUGAUUCAGCACCGCAUUGUUCUGCCAACUGAUGCUCCCAUCCUGGACCAGAUCACUGCCAUGCAUAACCGAAUUGGUGAAAUUGUCGAGGUAGCGGCCACGUGUGGUGUGAACAUCAUCUGCUUUCAGGAGACCUGGACCAUGCCCUUUGCUUUCUGCACCCGUGAGAAAGACCCAUGGACGGAGUUUGCAGAGUCUGCUGAGGAAGGAAACACCACACGUUUCUGUCAAGAGCUGGCCAAAAAAUACAACAUGGUAGUUGUUUCUCCCAUUCUGGAGAGAGAGGAGCUACACAGCACUCUGUGGAACACAGCGGUGGUCAUCUCCAACUCUGGAAAUGUGCUGGGAAAAAGCAGGAAGAACCAUAUUCCCAGGGUUGGAGACUUUAACGAGUCUACGUAUUACAUGGAGGGUGACACCGGCCACACAGUGUUCCAGACACAGUUUGGGAGGAUUGCUGUGAAUAUCUGCUACGGGCGUCAUCACCCUCUCAACUGGUUCAUGUACAGCAUGAAUGGAGCUGAGAUUAUCUUUAACCCCUCGGCUACUGUUGGAGCUCUCAGUGAGCCGAUGUGGUCAAUAGAGGCCAGGAAUGCAGCGAUAGCUAACCACUGCUUUACUUGUGCCAUCAACCGUGUUGGAACAGAACAUUUUAAAAGUGAAUUCACAUCCGGUGAUGGAAAAAAAGCUCACCACGAUUUUGGACAUUUCUAUGGGUCCAGUUAUGUGGCUGCUCCUGACGGCAGCCGCACCCCGGGGCUGUCGAGGACCAGAGACGGACUGCUGGUUGUAGAAAUGGAUCUCAACCUGAACAGACAAAUCAGUGACAAAUGGAGUUUUAAGAUGACUGGCCGGUAUGCAGAGUAUGCAGAGGAACUCACCAAGGCUGCUAGACACGACUUCAAACCCAAAAUAGUCAAAGAAUAGAACAUAUUCCACAUAUACUGCACAUUAUCAUAAUCCAUUUCUGCCUGAACACAGCAGAUAUUGUGUGUUUAUUUCCGUACCAAAGUCUGUCAGAUUGAUUGAUUCCCCAGGGAACUAGGGAAGCUUGCAUUUCUAUUCUUAUUAAUUAAA